AUGUUCAUAUUUCUGGCACUGGGCCUCUUAGUGGGCCAGGCUACGGCUCUGAGAUUCGUCAUGUAUAUCGAUCAGUACCAUGUAACGGACCUCCCCGAUAGUUCGCAGACUACAGGCAUUACUCAUGCAAUCAUGGGAUUUGCCAACUCGACCCUGUUCACAAGCGAUCCAGCGGGACAGUAUACGCCGUUUCAGUCCGUGUCCUCGAUGCGUAGCCGUUUCUCCAAGGAUACAAAAAUAAUGAUAGCUAUUGGAGGAUGGGGUGAUACCUCUGGUUUCUCCGCAGGAGCCAAGGAUGAUGCGUCGAGGACUCUCUAUGCAAAGAAUGUCGCCGCGAUGCUGGAAUCCGUCGGGGCAGAUGGUGUUGACAUCGACUGGGAAUACCCUGGCGGUAACGGACAGGAUUACAAACAGAUUCCUAACUCCGACAAAGUCUCUGAAAUCCAGACUUAUCCGCUCUUCCUGCAAGCUCUACGCAAAGCGGUUGGAAAGGACAAAUUGAUUUCUAUCGCUGUUCCAGGCCUUCAUCGCGAUAUGAUCGCCUUUACGAACGAGACGGGUCCAAAGAUCUGGCCAUCUGUGGACUUUGUCAAUGUGAUGAGUUACGACCUGAUGAAUCGUCGUGACAACGUUACCAAGCAUCACACUAGCAUCCAAGGAUCUCUACAGAGCGUCAACAACUACACGGCCAUCGGACUGGAUCCCGCGAAGAUAAACCUCGGUAUCGCGUACUAUGCUAAGUGGUUCACCACCGAUCCGAGCUCCGACUGCGCGACGCACCCAAUUGGAUGCAAGGUCGUUUCGCUCGAGAACCCAGAUGGAAGUGACAAUGGGAAAUCAGGAGCUCUCACGUUUGAGAAGGCGAAUAUGGCACCUCCCCCAUCCGGUUUGAAGACGUCUACGGACGGGACUUGUGGGUUUGACAAAGGCACGAAAUGUCCUUCCGGCCAGUGUUGCAGUCAGUAUGGUUCAUGCGGUACCACUUCUGAUUUCUGCAACACUGGAUGCAUGUCUGAUUAUGGAGAAUGCAAAGGCAUCUCUAUCACGGAUUCUUGGCGACGAGCUCAAGAAAACGGAACAACUGACAAGGUAGCUGGAGGGCAGUACUACUGGGAUAGCGAAGUCAACCUUUUCUGGACAUGGGACACGCCGGCUCUGAUCACUCAGAAAUUCUCAGAUAUCGUGGCCGCGAAGAAGCUGGGCGGGGUGAUGGCGUGGAGUCUGGGUGAGGAUACUUAUGACUGGAGCCAUCUUGAUGCGAUGAGGAAGGGUGUGGCAAACAGCACGAGCAGCACAAACCGCACCUCAGCAAGGAUCAUGCACUGA